AUGUCUAAUGAAGAGUUUAUUAGAACCCAGAUUUUUGGUACGGUUUUUGAAAUCACAAACCGGUACACGAACUUGAAUCCUGUAGGUAUGGGUGCCUUUGGUUUGGUUUGUUCGGCCACGGAUACGCUAACCAACCAGCCUGUGGCUAUCAAGAAGAUCAUGAAACCGUUUUCUACGUCUGUGCUGGCCAAGAGAACCUACAGGGAGCUCAAAUUGUUGAAGCACUUGAGACACGAAAACUUGAUAUGCUUGGAAGACAUCUUCUUAUCUCCAUUGGAAGACAUUUACUUUGUCACGGAGUUGCAAGGGACAGAUCUCCAUAGAUUACUACAGACUCGUCCUUUGGAAAAACAGUUUGUGCAGUAUUUCCUAUACCAGAUACUAAGAGGUUUGAAGUACGUUCAUUCAGCAGGUGUUAUUCACAGAGAUUUGAAGCCCUCUAACAUUUUAAUCAACGAAAACUGCGACCUAAAAAUCUGUGAUUUCGGUCUUGCUAGAAUUCAGGAUCCUCAAAUGACCGGGUACGUGUCCACUCGUUACUAUAGAGCCCCAGAAAUUAUGCUUACUUGGCAGAAGUAUAACGUCGAAGUCGACAUUUGGUCUGCUGGUUGUAUCUUUGCUGAGAUGAUCGAGGGUAAGCCUUUGUUCCCAGGUAAGGAUCACGUCCACCAAUUCUCCAUCAUCACCGACUUGCUAGGUUCACCUCCUAAAGACGUUAUAGACACCAUUUGCUCGGAAAACACCCUUAAAUUCGUCACCUCGCUACCUCAUAGAGACCCAGUACCAUUCAGCACCAGAUUCCAGAAUCUAGAACCAGAGGCUAUCGACCUCCUCGAGAAAAUGCUAGUUUUCGAUCCAAAGAAGAGAAUCACAGCGGCAGACGCUUUGGCACACCCUUACCUUUCUCCGUACCACGACCCAACAGACGAACCUAUCGCCGAGGCUAAGUUCGAUUGGAAUUUCAACGAUGCUGACUUGCCUGUCGAUACCUGGCGUGUAAUGAUGUACUCCGAAAUCUUGGACUUCCAUCAAAUCGGAGAUCCACAAAUUAAUACUAAUGCUACCUUCGAUGACCAGGUAGCAGCUGCUACUGCCGCCGCCGCGGAGGCUGCCACUAAGCAACAACAACAGCAGCAACCUCAGUCGCAAACUCAGUCACAGGCUCAAACACAGCAGCAGCAGCAACAGCAACAGCAGCAGCAACAACAACAACAACAAACGCUCACACAGGCUCAAGCUCCUCAAGUCCAGGUGUCUCCAGGGGAGCUCGCCGUCCCAUCAAAUGCCAAUUCGCACUCAAACUCAAACCAUUCAUUCUCUAUCGGACCUGACCCUGCAAACGAAACACUGACAAAUCUUGCUAACCAAGCAGAUCAAUAUGUAACCAAAUUCGAAUAG